ACAUUUGGUUUUUUAAAUGUUUGAGUUGACUAUAAUUCGAUAUGAUUCGAGCAAAAAAUUGGCAACAUUUUGUUAGAAAAAACCCAACCCUAAUCAAAAACAAAUUAAGAGUGACUUUGUUCGACCAGAUUUGGCCCACUGUAUCGAGUUUAUUUUAAAUAAACCCGACAGCCCACAGCUCCCGCAAAACUGAAAAACAAAAACAAAAAGUUUGCGGAAAAGUGUGCGUCAGGUGACGUGGAACCUGUGGAAAAAAAGAAAAAAAAAGGGGAUGACGUCGGUCUAAGCUGCCACAAAAAGGAGUGAUUUUCUGGCUAAAGGAGGAUUGAGAGCGCUACCAGUGAGAAAUUGUGCGGUAAAGUAGCGAACGGCAACCGGUUAUUGCAGAGUUCGAUGGAAGUGUAGCGGAUUUCCAGUGAAAAGCCCCCGAGAAGCAAAUUUCCCUGUCCCCUGUCUCUAUCAACAUGUCUGGGGAGACACUUCUCGAGCUAAGCCGAUGGGCAAUCAUGGCUGGCGAAACCGAUGAGGAGGUUGAGCGACGACCGGAGAGCGCCGAGCAAAAUCAUACCGAGCAGUACGGCAUCGUCGAUCCGGAUCGCAUCAUCAAGAAUCCGCUGCAAUUCCAGUGGACGCUCGGGUAUCAGGAACCGGAUAAGAACUUGUGGGAAGACGAGAAGAAUUUCCGCGGCAGCCGGUGGGUGAUCAACGUGCUCCGGCAGCAGCGCCACGAAUUGGACAAACAUUGGCUGGAUAUGACAUUGUGGCUGAUCGGCAAGGUUGUCGAUAAUCCUGAAGAAAUUUGCGGUGCCGUCGUGAACAUUCGCCAGAAGAUGGAUAAAAUUGCGAUUUGGACCUCCACCGUCAUGAACCGGGACGCGCCGAUGCCGGAGAAAGCUGUAAGUCGAUUUCUUGCCAUAUUCGAACCAUAAAUUGUGAGAGGAAGGUUGGGUAAAUUUGUUGCCAAAAAAUUAAAACACGAUGAGCUAAAUUUUACGUUUUUUCAUUAUUAUGGGCAACCGAAAGCCUAGUUUUUCCCCAUUACAAAUGGCGCCCAACUAAAUCGAACCACUUUUGAUUAUUUGUUCGAGCACAUUUUAAGGACUUAGCGUCCAGCUACAAUUAUUAUUUUUGUAAGAAUUCGAUAAUUAUACUUGUGAUUAUUUCAUUAUUGCUCAUUAGUAAAUCAUAUCAUAUCGUUGUAUCUUUAGAAGUAUCGUAUUGCUCCUUCGAUACUACCUUUCAUAUUUAAUUCAUUCGUGCACAGAUGUUAAGGGGGUUGUCAAGGAAACAUCAAAAGGAACGCGAUCUGGAGGCGCGGUAUAACCUCUAUUCCGGGCCCUUGGUAAUUAAGAAGACUAAAUCCUUCUUUACCCAAGACAUCUGUUGCUUCUGUUCAGUCCUCAAUGUAAAAUCACAGUCAUUAUUUUCUUCAAUGGCUACAUGAUUUUAGUUGCUUGUUUGCUGCUUGGGUGAAAGUUUUUCAGUCGUUUGGUUCAGGAUUCGAGGAAAUUUUUGCCAGGUUUGCUGGUAUAGAUCGACAUCAUUUGCCAAGAUAUGUUGGCGUUGAGUUUCGUCUUUAGUUUUAAUGUAAUCUUUGCCAUAAUUCGAUGGCGUUAAGAUAUUUUUGCCAAGAUUCGUUGGCUUUGAGUUUAUUAUGAUGUGUUUAUGUAUUAUGUAUUUAUGUAUUAAGUUUUAGACACCUCUGCAGUAGGUGUUACGCUUCCGAGGUAUGCUCGGAAUGUAGUCGAUCAUUUCUUUCCUUCGAACUCCUUGUGGCGUGGUUAUGAAAUUUUCAUGGAUUGCUGUUACAACCCAUGAAAAUUUCUACCAAAGCAGCAAUGUUGUGUUACAUUUGGUUUUUUAAAUGUUUGAGUUGACUAUAAUUCGAUAUGAUUCGAGCAAAAAAUUGGCAACAUUUUGUUAGAAAAAACCCAACCCUAAUCAAAAACAAAUUAAGAGUGACUUUGUUCGACCAGAUUUGGCCCACUGUAUCGAGUUUAUUUUAAAUAAACCCGACAGCCCACAGCUCCCGCAAAACUGAAAAACAAAAACAAAAAGUUUGCGGAAAAGUGUGCGUCAGGUGACGUGGAACCUGUGGAAAAAAAGAAAAAAAAGGGGAUGACGUCGGUCUAAGCUGCCACAAAAAGGAGUGAUUUUCUGGCUAAAGGAGGAUUGAGAGCGCUACCAGUGAGAAAUUGUGCGGUAAAGUAGCGAACGGCAACCGGUUAUUGCAGAGUUCGAUGGAAGUGUAGCGGAUUUCCAGUGAAAAGCCCCCGAGAAGCAAAUUUCCCUGUCCCCUGUCUCUAUCAACAUGUCUGGGGAGACACUUCUCGAGCUAAGCCGAUGGGCAAUCAUGGCUGGCGAAACCGAUGAGGAGGUUGAGCGACGACCGGAGAGCGCCGAGCAAAAUCAUACCGAGCAGUACGGCAUCGUCGAUCCGGAUCGCAUCAUCAAGAAUCCGCUGCAAUUCCAGUGGACGCUCGGGUAUCAGGAACCGGAUAAGAACUUGUGGGAAGACGAGAAGAAUUUCCGCGGCAGCCGGUGGGUGAUCAACGUGCUCCGGCAGCAGCGCCACGAAUUGGACAAACAUUGGCUGGAUAUGACAUUGUGGCUGAUCGGCAAGGUUGUCGAUAAUCCUGAAGAAAUUUGCGGUGCCGUCGUGAACAUUCGCCAGAAGAUGGAUAAAAUUGCGAUUUGGACCUCCACCGUCAUGAACCGGGACGCGCCGAUGCCGGAGAAAGCUGUAAGUCGAUUUCUUGCCAUAUUCGAACCAUAAAUUGUGAGAGGAAGGUUGGGUAAAUUUGUUGCCAAAAAAUUAAAACACGAUGAGCUAAAUUUUACGUUUUUUCAUUAUUAUGGGCAACCGAAAGCCUAGUUUUUCCCCAUUACAACUGCGCCAUUGUAGUGACCUCUUGUCACAUUCACUCUAACACUACACAAACUAGACAUUUUGAUUAUAUAAAAACGCGAAUUUCACAAAUCACAACCAGAAUUUCGCAUCGAUUGGAAACGUGACUUUUGCUUUCAAAAUUACUCAACUGAAUGAUCUUGUUAAUUUUUCUAUUACACGCUCGUACUAUGUAUUCAAAAUUUGGGUAAAUCGGAAAUGCUUAUUACAGCAGAAAAUAACUCAUUUCCGAAACGAAUGGAAUUAUUAACACAUGAUAACGAAUUCUCAUAAAGCGUUAACUAGCUAUUACUCUGUCACUCCCCUCUUAGUCUUACUUACUACAGCUUAGACAAAGAUUUCGCCUUGAUUUUUGCAAAUAUAAUUCAUAGAAUCGAAACAAAAUCUUCCGGCUGAGCUCCGGGCUGGUAAGCAAAGCUGGAAGAAGUUGGGCCUAUAAACGACGGUGCCAGCUUUGUCGGUAGCGGUGAGCAGUGAUGUCAACCUUCCAGAUUUUGUCUGGAUCUUCCAGACUUUUUGGACUUUUGCCAGACAUUUUUUUUAGGUUUCCAGACUUCCAGACUUUUGGCAUUUCUUCCAGACAAAUCCAGACUUUUGUGUUUGGACAUAAAUUGUUCUAAGAUUCUUUGAAAAUUCAAUUUUGUCAUGGUGUAAUAUGGCAGGAAACAGGGUGGCCACCCAUUCGGGAAAUGCGGGAAAAAGACGGGAUUUGGAAUCCACCGGGAAAAAUGCAGGAAAAAGCCGCGAAUUUCUUCCGAAAAGUCGGGAAUUUUUGGCUCGGUGAAAGUCUGUUCAAUGAAGUUUGAACGAAAAAGGCGAAACAAGUAAAAAUUGAUUCACAGUUGAUCAUCAAUCUCUUUCCGAUUGGCUUCGACCGAUUUCUACCAGGUCGAAAUGGAUCCUCCUAUUGUGUUGGAUCGGUUUUGACUAGUUUUAACUUGCUUCAUUGAACAACGGGAAUAACCGUAACGAAAUCGUUAAUCCAGUAUGCUAUACUCACUCGAGAGAUGUCGAGUCCUAUUAAAACAAAAAAAAAGGAAAACAAUCUGUUAUAGAAACUAUUGCAAAUCGGAAGCGAGAGGCGGCCGAGGAGGCGAAACAAUUGAAGUUUCUAUCCGACGCCCAUAGAGAGGAAGCAUGAUGGACGAAAAAAUUUGUACUCGGCCAACGGCCAAAUACCGAAUAUUGACCUUUUAAACUAUUCGGCCAAACGAAUAUUCGGUCGAAUACUCCAGAGAGUUAUUAAUUAUAAAACCAAGAGCGAUUAUUUCAUUUUCCUUAUAUUUGUUCCAUUGUAAUACCCCUCAUGUUUUGAAUCGAUCAUUUCCAAUCAGAUGAUAUUACCGUAUGAUGUAUUACGAGAUCUUUUUCAGGUAGGGGUUUCUAUGAUAUUCAAAAUGUCUCAAAGAACUGAAAAGACAUCAGAUGACUUGUCGCUGCUAGGGCGUUGGUUACCAAAGAUAUUUGGAUCCUGUGAAAUCUGGAACAAAACAUGUCAAAGCAGGUGCUAAGCAAUUUGAAAUUGCUUAUUUGAUAUUGAAUUAUAUGAAGGUCGAAUUUGAGCAAAAUAUCUUCAAAAUAGUAGUUUCAAAGAACGAUGAUUUUUAACUUAAAAAUACCAUACUUUCCAUCACACGUUCCUACAUGGUCGGGCAAUUCAGGACGAUUUUUGAAAAAAAUAUAAAAACAAAGGCAAAUCUUAGAAAUCUAGGUCUAGGUAGGUGGUUCAAAAAUAAAUAUUCGGAUUUUUGUAUUGUGUCCUGUUUUACAAAAUCGAGAAUUUCAUGUUAACAUGCGGGAAAAAGUCGGGAAAAAUGCGGGAAAUCCAAAAUGGAUUUCGAGUGACCACCCUGAGGAAAUGAUUAAUAGAACCUAUGAACUAUGAAUUCAAUAAGGGUUCGAAACCUUGGCAAAUGCUUUGAGGAUGUAUGUUAAAUUGAGAUUCAGACAGAGCACGUGACUGAUAUAACGACAGAAAAAUACUAUUGUAACAUUGAGAUCUGGGGACCAAAAAAAAGGUCGCCACCUUCAAAACUUAGGUGUCCAGACAUUUGCAGAAAUUUCCAGACAUUUUUUAAAAAUCUUCCAGACUUUUCUGAAAAAUAGUUGGCAACCCUGGCGGUGAGUAACAUUAAUUUUGCAUUACUUAUGACAAAUUUAUGCUUAUUCAACACUUUUUUCUUUCAAGAGCUAUCUAUAAGCAGCAGAAAGUCAUCGAAUCGGAUGGUAACAUGGCGAGACGUUACAUUCCAUCGUCCGAGAAGCGCCCUCCUGCAGGAACAUCCGAUCUUUAUCGAGAUGAAAAAGCUGCUUCAGGAGGACCCCCGUCUGUUGCCAUCGCUGCUCCAGAAGAUCCAAUCGAGUAGCAUUUGGGAAAAUCAGAUGAAGUUUUUGGCACUUUUGAAUGAUGGGACCGAUGAGCUUAAAUAGGAAAAUAGGCGCAACGUUAGGCGCCUGAGCAGCAUGACGAUAAGUCCGAUGAGUGGGUUAGGGAAUCAGUUCGAUCCACUGCAGACUGUUGAUUGUCCGGAAUGGAUUGAGCCCUUGAAGGAUUCUGCAGGUGAUGCUGUCCAAUUGCUAGUCAUCCUCAAGUGCAGCAAAGCUUCAGCUCAGCGCUGCUCGUGGGUGGUGGUGAAGGUAGAUUAACUGAAUAUGUUAAUAUUGAAAAAGGCUUAAGCAGUAUUUACAUGAUGCAACAGUUAUUUGAAAAAAAAAUUCGAACCUUAAAAUCGUUUAUCAUUGAAUCAUGAAAAUUAUCAAUAGCAGAAUUUAUAGCAUUCCUUUAGCAAAACCGAUUUACUUUUAUUUUCAUCCAACACUUUUCGAUUAGAGGGAAACAAAAUAGCUCUUAGGAUAAGGUAACAAGAAUAAGGAACAAGCAACAUCCGGUUUAGGGUUUUGGUUGUUUGUUCCACCCUUUAAGAUCCUUUCUAUUAUAACGGUCAAUGAAAAGUUUUUCUUUUUCGGAACAUACGGAUAGACCGAACUGUAUUGUAAUUUUAUUAUAAAAAAGUGUUUAGAAUACAAAUUAAUUCAUUGAAUAUACUCAUAUCAUUGCUUUUUUUCCGAAAACUCAAUUUAAAUAUAAUAAAAUAAACUAAACCCCAGUACGGUUUUGAAUCUUUUGAUCUUUCGUUUACGAUUGGCUUGUGCACAUACACACUUUUUUGCCAUCUGAUUUUUUAUCUCAAACACCUGGCAUCCCUGGACCCCUUUUUUCGUAAACACUACAGCCAGCUGUUAAAACUUUUUUCAAUAUGGCGGAAUGGCGAUUUGGCAUAUGAGAUCACCAUACUAGAGGCAUCAUGCUCCGUCUUUAUCUUCCACCACUGAAAAACUUUUGGUAUCCUACCCUGGUAACCGGGUGCCUACUUUUUCUUAAACUGCCUACACCCGUACCUUAAUUGCGCCCUGUUCCAAACCAAAACAAAAUUACACUCCAUCCAUUUCUUUGGUCAAAUCCGUUUUUAAUAAAAAAAAAAAACUGUAACUUUAUUAAUAAAUUAAAUUUUGAACUCAACAUUUUUUGUCAGCUAUAAAAUCUACAAGAUCAGAUAGGCUAUGCAGCACCUUCGAGAAGAGUUCAAACAAUUGGAGGAGCUCGAGCAACAUCACGGGGAUGUGGGCAUUCGCCGUGUCAAUCAUCAACCCGAAUGGAUUGCGGAUGCGGAUUUCACGAGAAUUUGUCUGCAUACUGGUGCCAGUACAGGAAGCAUGGGCUCGACUUUCAUCAUCUUUUUGAAACCGGAAAUGGAAAAACUAUCUAACACAUGCAGCGAUUCAGAGAAAGAUGUGCAGUUGAGAGGAGCGAUAUUGUCAGAAAUUUUAACGCUAGUUAAAAAAAAUAUCAUUGUAAUCCAAUCUCAUGGGAGGUAUACGUGGUUGAUAAAAUUCACGUGUGCUGUGCUGCUGCUGAAGAAUCUACCGGUCCAAAUAGGUGAUGAGAUUACCAAAUUCAUCUGUCUGAUUAAGGCAGUGGACACAGAAACAUAUCACUAUGACCCACUCUUGAUUCACACAUUAACGAAAGUACUUUUCGAAGAUUUUCCUUUGCGACGAAUAAAUUUGAUCCAUAUUAUCAACAGACUCGCCCAGCUAAACCACAAGUUGCUAUAUUAUGUUGCCGUAUGUCUGAUAUUCGCUGGCUUCUACAGAACCGUGGUUUUGAAAGAAGAAGAUCCAUCUCCACCUAUGUACAGAAUGCAUAAUUUUCAGGACAUUUUAACUGCUCUUGAUGAUCUUAAGAUCGACGAUUUAAAACAACGUUUCGAUGUAGAAAAGUUCUAUAUUUUGUUGAAAUUAUUGUGCUGCUACCAGAAUAUUGUUUUGUUGCGACAUUCCCGCAGCAGUAAACAAGACAUAGAAAUGGAUCAUACCUGCUAUUCGGAGUAUUUUCAUAUUACCGUAGAAGAAAAACGCGCUUUUCUCAAAUGGUUAAAUGUUGCGCGAAGUUUGAUUAACAGCUUGAAUCGGAAGUUGCGACAACAAAAGAUAUCAGACAAGGAAGACUUUUUAUUGGUAAUUGAACUGGUUGAACUGGACAUGAUUCCGCUUAUGGAGGAUGAUCUACAAGAGAAUGAUUGUUUCGAUUAUUGACUGAUUGAAGGUUUGGCUUACCGAAGAGAAUUUUCUCAUUGUGCCGUCAUGUACGAACUUCUGUCGUUCGUACAUGAAGGAACACUCAUGUUAAUUCAAAAAAAACAACCUUUGAAGCGGAAUAUAAGAAUUUGAAAACAAAAACCAUUGCAUUUUUGUUUGUAUAUUCAACGAAUAAAACAUAAUCAAAUAAAAAUCUGUACGUAAACUACUGACCAUCUGAACAA